AUGCCCACCAAACCGGUGCCUUCACCAAAGCAGCAGACACUGAGACUUACUCUGCUGGCCCAGGACCAGCCAUGCCUUCUUGCAAAAGGCUACUUGCUGAAGAGGAAGUUGCUACCCCAAACACUAGACACCAUGGUAUGCACCAGCCUACACCAUCAUUGCCCAUGUAAGUGUGUGUAUGUGUGGCUGUAACUGUGUGUGUGACUGCAAGUGUGUAUUUGUAUGUGAAUGGCUGUAAUGGUGUGUGUGUGGCUAUAACUGUGUGUGUGGCUGUAACUGCGUGUGUGUAUGGUUUUAACUGUGUGAGUGGCUGUAACUGUGUGUGACAGUGUGUUCUUGUAGCAGUGACUGUGUAACCAUGAUUGUGUGUGGUGUCUGACUGUGCAUGUGCCUUUAACUGUGUGCGACUGUGUAUAUUUGUGAUCCUGUAACUUUGUAUAUGAUUGUGUGCCAUUGACUGUGUGGUGUGUGCGAUGUAUGCAUGUCUGUGUGUGUCUGCGUUUCUAAUCAUAUGUAACAUAGUAUAUGUGUCUGACUACUGUGUGGCUGUGUCUAUCUGACUGUGUUUCUGGAUGCAUGACCGUGUGUAUAUGUCAAUAUGCAUGUGGAUGUGACUGUGUAUUUAGGUAUAUGUAUGUAUAGCUGAUUGUGUAUGUGACUGCAUGUGUCCAUGUUUGUAUGUAAGUGCAUGUAUGAUUGUAUAUUUAUUUGCAAGGAUGUCAAAGUAAGAGGGUUAAGAAACAGAUUAGAGGUAAGGGGGUUAGAGAUACAUCUUGCCUGGACAUUAAAUCUUUGAUUCUACCUGGGCAUUCCCCAUCCGUGCUCACAUUGACCUAUAGAAAUUGCCCCCUAUGAUAAUAUAUUUGUCCCAUGAAUAUUGCAUUGCUUUUACAUUGCCCUAAUGCUGUGAAAUUGCCCCACACACAUUGCCCCCAUACACACUUAGUGAGACACAUAGGCUGAUACAACUAAAAACUCAUAUACAGAAAGAAUCAGUCAAGCAGGAAUUCAGAUAUUUUGACCUUAAAUUUGAAAUUUACUUUGAAACGACUUUAAGUUCCAUUUUCAAUUUUCAUAUGGAGAAAUGUAACAGCUAAACUGCAACUUCUAGAAGCAUAUGCCAUAUUAUCAAGUCACAGCAGUACUUCUGAACAAAAAUAGAAAAACUGCAUAUUGAGUGAAUUACAGAAUGGAUGGAACUAAGGGGCAAGAUUAAUAAUAAAAAAUAAAUAACAAUUAGAUUAAUUUUAAAAGAGUUCAAAUAUAACAAACUAAAUGUAAAAAAUUACCUACUAAGCCCUCAGUGAAUACUUUUCUAACAACCUAUUUUGUACCCCUUCCUUUUACCCCUUUGUGUCACUAUACCCCACUCCCUCUAGAAUGUAAGCUCAUUGAGCAGGGCCCUCCACCUCUCUUUUCCUGUACGUCCAGUUGUCUGGUUUUAAUUACAUGUCUGUUAGUCCACCCAUUGUAAAGCGCUACGGAAUCUGAUGGCGCUAUAUAAAUAAUAAAAUAAUAAUAAUAAUAAUAAUAUAUCCAAAUCAUUGCCACUAUCAUGUACAGAUGCCUGGAGUUCUCCUUUAAAUAGCAGACCGAUGUUACAUAAAAAACACUAAGACUUGCACAUGCAUAAACCUUUAACACAAGACAUUCAAGUUCAGACUAUUAAACCCACAUCUUUGAAAUCUCCCUCUUUAUUUCUAUUAAAUUGAUUUGCUCGCAAAUGAUGUAGCUAUAUCUCCACCAUCUCCAAAAUACUCAAAAAGCUCAAUCUGAAAUAUGUAAAAAAGCUUACAUUUAAUUUCUGCCAUGUCUUUUGUGCAAUAUAUGUUUGUUAGGCAAACUCCUUAUAUAAAACUAAUAAUCUCCACGGAGAUUAGAAAAACAAAAAAGCAAGUAAACACACAAAAAAAAAACUUGUUGAUAAAAAAAAAAAAAAAAGUCAUUCAUGGAUUAUAAUUCUCAGUAGAAAAGAGAGACAUCCUCGUGCUACUGUGUUUACACUGCUGAGAACAGUGCUCUAGUGGUUAUUUUAAAUUGCACAAUAUAAAAAAAAUUCAAUUUCAUCUUAAAUAAUAAAUAUCUGCAUAGUAGGUCAAAAACAUAUAGCUCCCGAGUUGAAAUCACCAGGGACUAAGCCCUCAUAGAAUAAAGACAUUUAAUUAUUUGAGAAUAAAAUCCAUGCCUGUGAUAUCUACGCAGCAGCAUCUUCAAACCUCUGGAGUUCUGCGUUAACGUAGAGAUUUAUUAAUUAUAAGCAUAUGCCGAUAAAUCACAUCCCCAGAAGAACAGCAAUUAAUACAGCCUGACAUCUUUAUAAGCCCACAUUGAACUGCCCAAACUGAGCAGCCGUCGGCAGCUGGUGGAGGAAACCAGAAUAAGCAGGUGGUACAGGCUUGGUAGUUUUCUUUAGCAGACAUAUAAAAGGGUUGCCUUAACUACACCUAAAGGAACAAACCUAUAAAAUACAGAGAUGUAAAAUAAACAGGUCUGAACAUAAAAUCAAAGGCUAUGAAUCUUCAGGCAUGGCAGAGAAAUAGAGCAAAUUUUCUUUUGGAAAUAUACAUUAUUAUAAUUCAAUGUAUAUUCAUUGUAAAUGUUUCUAGGGAAUAGCAGAGAUUUGUUCAAACCUUUAGUAUUAAAUUGGUUCUAAAUAUAUUGAGAUAAUUAUGCUGUUAUAUGAUAAAUUGGAGCCCUUACUCCAGUGGGAGACAUUUCCCCAGUUACUAUGGAGUCUCUAUAUUAACUUUGGGGAAAUUUAGUGAGCAUCAGUACAUUACAAUAGUAAUGACUUAUUUUUUUUAUCCAUUUUUUUAAACCUUUGCCCUUCUAAUUUAAGACUAUGUCCUCUUGUUGUGGCAUAUACUAAUUCCCACUGAAAGAGAACAUUUUCAGACAGGCAUGGCUGCAAAAGGUGUUAUCCUAAGAAAACCAUGCAGUAUCGAAUUUUUAUCUAUCCCUGACUACACUUCAGGAGCGCAAGGCCCUUAGACCUAUCACAAAAGCCCUUACUGACCAAAACCAAAAGUUCAGAUGAAACUUUCCUUUUGCUUUGAUGGUUACCCAUCAGGGGAAAACCCUGACAAUCUCUACGUCGGAGAAUGUCCCAGCUUUUCAGCAGGCUCUGAAUCUACCCAGGAGGUGAAGAACAGGCUUACAAUGGGUUCCAUCUAAAGUGUCACCCCAAUGACCCAGAGGACAGAAUACCCCAAAGAAAAAGAAAAAGAGGAGAAUGAGUCCUGCAGUGAAGGAACCCCCACAUGCUAUUGGGAACUGUGGUAUAAGUGACCUCGACACUGGUCUUUGGAGGGGCCUGUUUGCCAGCCUCUUGCCUUGUGAUUAUGGCCCCUGUGACUUGUUUGGUUCUAAGGCACUGUUUCUGCCUAUUUAAAUACUGCUAUUUAAAUACUGCUACACUUUCAAAGUGGCACUUUGGAUACAGCCGAAGUGUCGAAGUGGUCGCCAUUCGACAUUGAAAUGCGUGGCGGCGGCCAGUUUAUUCAGUCGAACAAGUUAUUUUUAACUGUUGGUAUAAAUCACUUGUUUAUCAUCUAUUUUUAAUGUACGCACAGACAUUCCUUUAUCUUGCUUUUGGUUGCAUAAAGAAACAUGUUUGUUACCUGAUAAGACCUAUUAGUAUUUUUGUAUUGCAUAGAUACUUUGCUAGCCUGUGUUUUGCAUUUCAUAUAAUCUGAUUUGCUUAAACAACCUAAAGCACUUCAUUUCUAAAUGUCCCUGUAUUGUCAGCUUUUGAUACUAGAGUUAUUUAUGGAUGGUGCUUUAACUCUGGUGUUCCUUAAUCAAUAUUUUCGGUCUAGUGCAGACAUAUAGGUAGUUAAACCUUUUCACUCUAGAACCAAGUUGCUUGGAGUAGAGUGGUCCGUGACAUGAAUGUAAGACAUACAUGUUAUAUUUUAGAUUACAAAUAAUUGUAAGAUGAUAAAAUAUGGAUGCCUGUGUAGUAUCCCUGUUGCCAAUUGGCAUACAGUAUGAGUAGAAUAACUAAUUGGUAUGUGCCUGGUUAUACUGUGAGGGGAGGACACUGACAUUUCUGUGUGCCAGAACAAUUUUAACCACUGACUGCCCAGUAUACAUUGUCCUCAUUGAAUUACCUUUUUAAUCUUUUAGUGAAAUUUCCUACUCAAACAGGCAACAGUGUCAGGAUGUAAGGUCAUAUCUGGAUGCCUGUUUCCUGUUUAAUGUUUGGUAUGCUGAAUGUGUGGGGGAGCUGUGCUUCCUGCUGCACAGCUCUUUGUCUUGCCACACUAAACACCAUGGAUGGAAAACUGGCACUUCUCUCCUCGCUGCUUGACAGAGUCAUGCAACAGAAGAGGGUUGGGUGGAUGAUUGAUUAGUGAACAUUUUAGAGCAGGUCUGUGUAUGUAUGAGUGUAUAUGUGUGAAUGUGUACACUGUGUACACUUAUCAGCCACAACAUUUAAACCACUGACAGGUGAAGUAAACAAUAUUGAUUAUAUUGUUACAAUGCCACCUAUCAAGGAGUUGGAUAUAUUAGGCAGCAAGUGAACAGUCAGUUUGUGAAGUUCAUGUGUUAGAAGUAGGAAAAAAUGGCCAGGCAAAAAGAAAUUAGUGACUUUGACAAUUACCAAAUAGUGAUGGCUAGGUGACUGGUUCAGAGCAUCAACAAAAUGGUAAUUCCUAUGGGGUUCUCCCAGUAUGCAGUGGUUAGUACCCACCAAAAGUGAUGCAAGGAAGUAUAACUAGUAAACUGACAAUAAGGUCAUGGGCACCCGAGUCUCAUUGGUGCAUGUGUGGAGUGAAGACUGGUCCAUUUGAUCACACAGAAGAACACCAAACUCCCGAAACGCAAAUAAGGGAAUGCUCCAAUCUCCCAAACUGCUUACAAUAUAACACUCCAAACUCACGAACAGGAACCAUACGAAUAGCUGCUAGCAGACGAAUAGGAAAAGCAUCCAAGCGGCUUACACUCCUAGCAAUCAGUCUCUAUCAGCAUUCAGUAAAUCCCCCCAAAGACGAGACAAGGCUCUGUGUUGGGGGUCAAGCAGUCGUCUGUUUAAUGAGGGCUAUCUGCCCAGUAUUUAUGCAGGUCUCCCAUCUGGUGGACACUCCCCUAGGGGACCAAAUGGGAGACUGUGACAAGGGACAGACAAGUAGCCAAAUAGGACACACAGUCACAUUUUCUUUUGGAAAUAUACAUUAUUAUAAUUCAAUGUAUAUUCAUUGUAAAUGUUUCUAGGGAAUAGCAAAGAUUUGUUCAAACCUUUAGUAUUAAAUUGGUUCUAAAUAUAUUGGGAUAAUUAUGCUGUUAUAUGAUAAAUUGGAGCCCUCUUCCUGGCCGGGGGCCCAACUGGAGACUCCUCCAUGCCACAGUCCACUGACCCGAGGGGUAAACUGUUACCCAGAAGCCCCGGGAGUUCACGAUCCCGCCACUGGGAGAAGGGGGAUCCACUAAGGGCACUGGCUCCCCUUACAGCCCGGAGCUAUAGAGACAGGGACCUGCCACGUGGCUAUCAGCCAACCACAUGCUUUCCAUACACGCAGCAUUGCCCGACCUACCUAAAACCAGAGAGGGGGACUGAAGAGAGCAUACAGCCCUCACCUGGACAUCGACCCAAAAGGGAGCUGCACCCCAGACAAGAUCAUCACAAGUGGCAGCCACACACCCAGCGUGGGAAUAAGGAAUCCUCAUGAUGGCUACCGCAAUCACAAGCGGGUCAGUACCUGUUACCAGAACGAACUCAAGGACAAUAACCUGCCGCAGAUAGGCAUUGGCUAA